UUUUCUCUUUGGUUAGUUCGUCGUGGAAAUUCGUACUGAGUGGACGUGCACCAUGUCUGAAGCAUUUAAACUUGGUGAUCUAGUUUGGGCUAAAAUGAAGGGUUUCAGCCCUUGGCCCGGCCGGGUAGCGAUUCCGACUCCGGAAUUGAAGCCUCCUAAGAAAGCUAUGAACGUACAAUGCAUUUACUUCUUCGGCACGAAUAAUUACGCGUGGAUUGAAGACAACAAUAUCAAGCCCUACCAGGAGUACAAGGAGCAGCUCAUCAAGUCCUGCAAGACGGCCGCCUUCAAGGAGGCUGUCAAUCAGAUUGAAGAGUUCAUUGUUAAUCCAGAGAAAUUUGGUGACUUGGAUGACCACGCGCUCAAUGCUGAGGAAGAAUUUGAUAAGCUGAAGGAUGUUCUGGAGGAAGAAGAGAGCAGCCAAGAAGAGAAGGCGGCAGAAGAAGCAGAGGCCGCGCCCUCAGAGCCCGCCGCUAAGAAGAAGAGUGCUACUCCCAAGAUACGUUUGGGCAUUUCAAAGGUGAAGCCUAUUAAACGGUCGUCGUCGGCCGGGAUCAAGGGCACCCCUCGCAAGAAGACCAAGAGCAGCCUGUCCCGGUCCUACACGGACAUCGACGUGGGGAACGAGAAGCCCUCGAUGCUCAACCACUCGUUCUCCAAGAAGUCCAGCUUGCUGAACCGCCCUUCGAAUAUUCUGACACCUGACACUCCACCUCUCGACCUGGAGAAUGUAUCGGAGACUCUGCUGGAGAAGAACAUCAAGGCGAGCCAGAUGAAGUUCGGCUUCCUCGGGCUCGGCAUCAUGGGCAGCGGCAUCGUCAAGAACCUGCUCAACUCCGGACACAAAGUCGUCGUGUGGAAUAGAACUGCAGCUAAGUGCAAAGACUUCGAGAAGGUGGGCGCCACCAUAGCCGUGACGCCAUGCGACGUAGUGGAAGAAGCAGACAUCACAUUCUCCUGCGUGGCAGACCCUCAAGCAGCCAAAGAGAUGGUGUUCGGCAACUGUGGUGUGCUGCACUGUCCGUCGCUGGAGUCCAAAGGCUACGUGGAGAUGACAUCAAUAGACGCGGACACGUCGCACGACAUCGUGGAGGCCAUCAGCGGCAAGGGAGGCAGAUAUCUCGAGGCACAGAUCCAAGGCUCGAAGACCCAAGCGGAGGAAGGCACCCUGAUCAUCCUGGCGGCGGGUGACCGCUCCCUGUUCGACGACUGCCAGUCUUGCUUUAAGGCGAUGAGCAAGAACUCCUUUUACCUUGGUAGUGACAUCGGCAACGCGUCGAAGAUGAACUCAGUGCUGCAGGUGGUGGGCGGCGUGUCGCUGGCGGCGCUGGCGGAGGGGCUCGCGCUGGCGGACCGCGCCGGCCUCAACCAGGCCGACCUGCUCGACGUGCUGGCGCUCACGCCGCUCGCCUCGCCGCAUCUCAUACUCAAGGGCCGCGCGAUGAUCGAGUCGUCGUACUCGACGCACCAACCGCUGAUGCACAUGCAGAAGGACCUGAAGCUGGCGCUAGGCCUGGGCGACGCGCUGGAGCAGUCCCUGCCGCUGUCGGCCACCACUAACGAGAUCUUCAAGCACGCCAAGCGCCUCGGCUACGCCAACCACGACGUGGCCGCCGUCUACAUCCGCGCCAGAUUCUGAUCCGACCGCACGCCGCCCAAACAACCACACACACUAGACACAUCCUCUUAACUCCAAUACUUUAUUUAUCCUUCAGUUGUAUCCAUAUCUGAGGUAAACGCGAUUGUUAUUGAAAAUAACUAUUGUAAAGGAAUAUAUUGCGGUUUGUUACAGUGACUCCCCAAGGAAAUCUUUAGGUGAGUAUGAAAAAGUAUUUUGGAUCCUUUGAUUCCUUGUCCGCAUCAAACCUCAGUUUUAUCUUAAAAUAAUUUUGCAAUAUAGAACUACGUGUUGCAAAAGUAUCUUAAUUAAGGCCGUUUUUGUCACCGGCCAGGUGCGACACAUACGGCACACCCAUCUUUUAACUAGAAAAUGUACAUGAUUCAUGAUACAAAGCAGCCAAGCCAACAUGUAGUUCAAUAGUCUUAAAGACAAAAAUCGCGUUUUAAUCAUUGAUUGUGUUUAAAUCGACUUACAACAUGACUAUGCCUCGAGUCGUAAGUGGACAUUACAAUUAAUUUAACUCAUUAUUUUGUAAGUAUAAUGAAGUAGAUUUUAAAUCAAUCAUAAUCGUUUUCGUCAGAAUCGUUUCAUGUCAGAGAUAAAUAUAUCUUAGGUUUUAGAUAGUAAAGAUGUGUUAAUAUAAAGUUUAUAAAACAUUGUUAACGAUAUGUAUUUACUGAGAUAUAAUCACACUGUCCAAAAAACACAUUAUAUUUAUAAAUGACAUUAGAAUUGAAUGUAAUGAGACGGCCCGGACAGCGCAAGUAUCUCGGUACAUAGAUUUCGUCGUUAAGUAGAAAUAAAUCAAAUAUCAUUUUGUAUAUUCUUAUAAUCUUGUUAAGACGGACCUGCUUACAGAAUGAGGAGCGAUAACAACGGUUAUUAACUACUUCAUAACCUAUUCCCGCAUCAAUGGUCUUUAUUUGUUUUAAACAGUAAUUUUGCCAAUAUCUAUCUAUAAAAUAAAUUGAUUUUAAUUUUUAAAAUUAAAUUGUUAAGCAUUUAAUAAAAAAUCGUGGAUAACCACAGGGUAACUUGUUAAUUAUUUAGUUAAAAUCAUUUUUUUUAUCAUAAAUACUAUUCUAAGACUUCAUUGGAACUAUUAUUCUCACCGCGUUAUACUUACAAUCAGAACACAUAUUUUAUUAUCAGUAUCUAUUAUUUUGUGAAUAAGCUAUCUCAUGACCAAGCUUUCCUAUCUCGUUUUUGAUCGAUGUUCAAUCAAUUGUAAUGAGAUACAAACCUAGUUUAUUUAGAUCACAAGAAUUCUCAUUUGUAUCUUUCUGUGUACAGUAGAAUAUAGACUUUAUUAAGGAGGUGUAAAGUUGAUAUGUGUGCGUUGUUUGAGGUGAAGUGUUGAGCGCAGUGUCAAUAUCAUAGAGACGUGUUGGACUUUUAAAAGCGUUGUUUAAAGCCAUCGCUUUUUAAUCUUAGUGUUUUAUAAACGCUGGACUUUGACUCAUAAUACUUUCUGUGCAAAUGAUUUAAUUAAUAUAGUAAUAGAUAAGAAUUAUUUCAGAGCGAGCAACAGCACAAAAUGUGUUGCAUUUUAUUAUAUAUCUUAUUUAAUUACAAUAGGCUCGAUCAUAUGCAGAUGAACUAUAUGUGUGACAUUCAUUUUAAUGUUGUAUUAGCCAGUUACAAGAAUACGUUAGCCAUAAAGUUUGAAAUGUUAAAAUGUUGUAAUAGAUUCGGAAUAAGUUUCCACCUAACUAGUAGUUCUGAUCAGUCUCAUUAUAACGAAGUAUUCAAUAGUUGUCAGUAAAUUCGAAUGUGGAGAUGUUAAUUUAAGACAAUUUAAGUUAAGUCACAAUGUGAAGUCUGUUUAAAUGAGUUAACUAACGGUGAACACUAAUUAUCUCAUUUCUGUUAGUGUUCCGGUAAUGUCUGAGGGUUCCAUCAAUCACUAUUUGUCUGAUGAUAAAGUAUUUUAUUAUUGGUAAAUUUCCAAUAAGGGAUAAAAUUUAAUUUUAUAUUAAAUACAUAAAAUGAAUUAAAUGAAAGUUUGACAGACAAUCAUUUAAUAUUAAAUUUAUUCUUACAAAGGUACGUUUUAAACACAGCAAAACUGCAGUGCUUCUAAACCACACCUAUCUCGAAGCACUUGAUUUUAGUUUAAAAACAGCGACGAUUAUGAAAAAAUCAUUUGAAUAUUGACUAAAAUGUAAAUUGUGACCAUAAUUAUUUAGGACUAAGAUUAAAAUAAGGACUUAUAAAAAUAAAUUGUUACAGUCCAAAGUGGUGUAUGUUGCUUUAUGUUACGUAUUUCUUUCAAAUGAUUGUCAUCUUUAAUUAGCUACAAUAAACUAUGUUUAUUAAUUA